AUUAUAUUCGCUUCGCUAGGUCUUUACAGUUUUCCAAUUGACUCCAAGUAAAGAUUUUUCUCUCUCUUUUCUUCUGUGAUAUGUUCUAAAUGCUAAGAAUAAUUCAAUUGAUCAACUGAUUCGCAUUGUCGCACAAUCGAGAUAGCUACAAACAGCUUCGGCUCGACCCAAAAGAGUUGCGCGCUACCAGAAGACGCUACGCUACCGGGCAACUAGGUACACUAAGAGAAUGCUCGGUCCGUGCACAUUUACCGAAGUAUAAGCGGCCGCUCUUCGGUUCCACCUAUUAUCAUCCUACCAUUCUACCAUUCUACCAUUGCAUUCAACGCCAUACAAAUCACUUCUUACGUGUAUCCUAUAUAUUAAAAAUCAUAUAAUUCUAAGCCUACCACUUGGAACUACCGCCGCAUUAAACCCGGGACGACGUACAAAGUAAAGAACGUGUAUGUUUUGUGUGUUCGAGUGUCCGAGUAGAAAAGGUCAAAAUGUCGACCGAGCACCAGCGCGGACACGUGCACCGAGAACUUGUCAAGGGCAAACUUCGACCGCCGUUGAAGCCGCCCUCGACCAAAUCGUAUACAGUUGCCCCGGCAUCGAUCAACGAAGUUAUGGUGAGAAGGCCAUCUGAGAGACAAACGGUCCUGUUGAGAUCUCGUCCGCGGCUACAGCUCAACCGUUUUUAGAUCCCACGGUCCUUGAACGUCGUAGACGCAACAGCGGCAUGACUUAAAAAACAUGUGGAGAAUAUCGUCCUCAAACCCUAGUGGUAUAGCCUAGGCAAUUAUGAUUUAUUCGGGAUCUUGCUAA